AUGACCCAGUUCCUUCCUCCGAAUUUACUUGCCCUAUUCGAGGCACGUCCUCCAAUCCCGUAUUUACCGCCUCCGGAGGAUUUGCUCAUUGAUAAGAAUGCGAAACGGCCACCAAUUACAGGAGUUGCGCAGUAUUUGUCACAAUUUGAGGACCCCGCAGACACUCCGCCAAAGCCAGUUGUUGAAACGAAGGAGCAAAAAAGGCAAAGACGUCGAAGAGAAAAGGAAGAAUUAUUGGCGUAUAAAGUGGAACAAGGAAUUGCGCAGUGGAAUCCUGCUGAAAAUGAAAAAGCUACCGAAGAUCCAUAUAGAACGCUUUUCGUGGCACGAAUUAAUUACGAAACGUCAGAAAGCAAACUUCGAAGAGAAUUUGAGAGUUACGGAAAAAUCAAAAAGUUGACAAUGGUUCAUGACAAGGAAGGAAAACCGCGAGGAUACGCAUUCAUCGAAUACAGCGACAAAUCAGAAAUGCAUAAUGCUUACAAGAAAGCGGAUGGAAUCAAAAUUGACGGAAAACGCCUAGUUGUUGAUUACGAGCGAGGACGAACUCAGAAAACCUGGCUUCCAAGAAGACUUGGAGGAGGAAAGGGUGAUACUCGCAAAACUCGAGAAUCGCGCGCCGCUAUUUUAGAACGAGAAGGAGCUUCUGGAUUUGACGAGCAUGAUAGAGGAAGCCGAGACAGAAGACAUGAUUCAUACAGAAAUGGAGAACGUGAUCGACGUGAUAGAGGAUAUGGAGGGUAUCUUUGA